ACUGUUAGACGCAGCCGCACGCAUUCACAGCGGCGAUGGAUCUAUUGGGGCGAGCGCAGCGAUGUCAGGACUGCAUCAGAGCGCUCGAGGAGGAGCGCAAGAAGAUCAAGGCUUUCCAGCGAGAGCUGCCUCUCUGCCUCCACCUCGUUACGCGAGCGAUCGAGAGCGUGCGACAUGUUAUGGGUGAUGACGAGAAGGUGAACCAUGGACCUGUCACGGAAGAGUUAAUCCCGCCGAUGUCGGAACAAAGAAGCGAGGCUAAGAAGAGUGCAGCGGUCGGGUCCGAGAUGAAGCUUAGAUCCGUCCAGCUCCGGAAUCAGGAGCCGGACACAGUUCCUAGGAUGGAGCCACCAAAGAAACCUAUAGUAGCGAUCUCGAAGAAGAUCGGCAGCGCAUUCCAGCCUUUUCAGAGACAAAAGUACGUCGUGCCACCACCGGCCUCAUCGGCAGCUACUGCCAUCCCCGCAACUACCGAUGGUGAUGGUGGCCGUGAUUAUGGUAGUAAGGAAGGAAACAGGGAGAAGAAGGAAGAACAGUUGCAGCCUCAUCGAAAAGCAAGGCGCAGUUGGUCGCCGGAGCUUCACCGCUGCUUCCUGCACGCCCUACAUCAACUCGGUGGAUCCGAUGUCGCCACGCCGAAGCAGAUCAGAGAGCUGAUGAAGGUGGACGGCCUCACCAUCGACGAAGUCAAGAGCCAUUUGCAGGUGAUCCGUUGGAUCCUUCACCGAUUAGAGUCUCACUGUCGCUCACCACGCUUUCACAAAUAUCGGCUGCACGGAAGACGACGGAGCCCUGCAGUCCAGUGUAGCAGCAACGGCAGUCUCGCGGUGAGUCCCCAGGUUGUGUUGGUCGGUGGAAUUGUGGUUCCAUCCCCGGAUUACAACAUGGCGGAUGCGGCAGUUGCUGCUGCAGCACAACCUGCGAAUGGUGCUCGUGCUCCUUCGAACGGAAUGUACGCCCCGGUGGCAUCGCAUCCAUCGGACUCGAGAUAUCAGCAGAAGCAGCCGCAGAGAUCCAUCACGCUCAGGUGGAGAGGACGACAGCAUGGGGGAUGAUGGCAUCAAGUCUACGUUCCCUACCACAUCUGCAGCUUCCCACACUAACGACGGCUUCACCUCCCUUCUCAUGAGUCUACGGCGAUAUAGUUCUGUUUCCUCGGUUUGUAACGGAGCUUUCUCAUCACCUCUGCAGUCCACGGUAAUAGAUAUAUGCCAAUGGUGGUUUAUAUGGCACGACCAGAAACGCUCGUGAAUGCCACGCAUGAGAAGGAAGACUCCAUUGCAGCUUUAAGUGCGUU